AACGUGAUCAUUAUAUUGUAAAAACGUGAUAGUAUAUUGUAUAAACCUGAUAAUUAUAUUGUAUAAACGUGAUAACUCAAUCCAGAUGGUUCCGCUAAUACGCCUUUAGUCUUUAGCGACCGCGAGACUUGGACCCCCUAGCAUGUUUUGGAAGGAAGUGGAGAUAGGAUGGCUGCAAAUAUGGACAAUGAUUUACUUCGAUUUCUUCGAAACCGCGGCGUACCAGAGGAGUGUCUCUCACGCAUGGAGGAAGAACGCAUUGAUACAACAGUUAUCGAAUGUAUGGAUGAUGGCACCCUCUCUCGUUACAUCCCAACAUAUGGGGAUCGCAUAGCAGCAAGACGCUUCUGUUUGGAAAGGAAAAGUACAAAUGCUAAAGAUUCCACAAAACAUUCACUGCUUGAAAAACUAAAGAGGAAGAUGGGACUUGAUAGCAGUGAAGAUACAAACUUUGAUGAACCUAAGACAACUAAUCCAAAAAGGAAAAGACAAUAUGCCAAUUCUAACAAAUGGGCUGAAAAAAAGACCAGAAAAAUCGAAUUGGGAUGGAUUCAUGAAGGCAAACAAGUGAGGAAACGCAGAGGAGGAGGAACAAGGACCCUUGAUGUACCCAAAGAGUCAAAGAAAUCAGAUCUCAUUAAUUAUUCCAAAGAACUUUUCUUCCCAAAUGGAAAAUGUAGAUUUGGACGUUUUGAGUCAUUCAGUCAUGACAUUUUGGACUUUCAGGAGGAAGCUGUGUUGGAUGAAAACAUCACUGUGGGGGAACUCUACUCUGUACUGAGAUUAGGGAUGUUAAGAUUUUACUUGUGCACUAAAAGCCAGAUCAGUUUAGAUGACGGAGAACAUGGGGGGGAGAAAUCUGAUGGAAGUAAUCUGGAAAUUAUGGAUAUACUUAAAGACGACCAAGUAAGUGAAACCAUGGUCAUUCUAUCAUCAGAUUUUGAACUUGAUACAGAAGCACUGUCGGACACAUCUGAGGUGACCUUUGGCCCAGUCCAUGGAGAGCCCAUAGUUGGUCAACUUGAUGACACUUUGAUAUAUCAACCAAGCACAAGGUUUGAAGGAGAAGAGUUUAGUAUCAUAUCUAGUGAACAUGCUUCCACAAGCACAGCACACUUUACUUCAGUAUUAGCAGGAGAAACAACAACCAGUACACCAUCAUAUGAAAUCAUUUGCAUCAAUGUUAAACUUCACCGGAGCAAUCUCCUUGAGGAGUUGAUAACACAGUUUAAGGACGAAAGACUCCUAAGUCAAACCCUGAAAUUCAGCUUUAUAGAUGAAAAAGGAGCUGAUGCAGACGGCGUCUCAAGAGACGUCUAUGCCGCUUUUUGGACUGAGUUCAUGGAUCGCAUCGCAGAAGGGGAGGAAGUGAGGGUCCCUUCAUUGCCUAAUAAAUGGCAGAAAGAGGAGUGGAAAUCCAUAGGCCGGGUCCUGCUUAAGGGAUAUAAAGAUCAUGGAUACUUUCCUUGUCGCCUUGCCCCUGCUUUUUCAGUUGCUCUUAUUUUUGGUGAGAGUGAAGUCUCAGAUGAAAUGCUGUUCGAAAGCCUUCUCCUGUUCAUCAGUCAAUCAGACAGGGAUCUUGUGACCACAGCCUUAAAAGCAGACAGUCUGAAUGAGGACCAAGAUGAACUUAUUGAUCUUUUGGAUCGUUUAGAUGUAACAACACUUCCAACAGAAGAGACAUUGAAAGGAAUUCUUGUAAGUGCAGCACACAAGCAUUUGAUCCAAAAGCCAAGAUAUGCUGCCGAACAAAUGUCUGCAACUGCUAGUCACAUUUUAAAGGAAUCUUUUUCCAGCCCACAAGCAGUUUUACUCAUGUAUGAAGAAAAAAAGCCAACAACAAGAAAGUUGUUGAAGUUACUGGAUGCAUCUCCAACAACUCAAGCUGAAAAUCAAAGCUUUCGUUUUCUGCAGCAGUACAUCAGGGGACUGGAUGAUGCAGGCCUCAGAAGAAUGUUAAGAUUUGUUACGGGGUCAGAUGUUAUCUGUGUUAAUAAAGUUGAAGUGAUGUUCACAUCAGUAGAAGGUCUGGCAAGGCGACCUAUUGCACAUACUUGUGGACCAGCUCUGGAACUGCCAUGGACAUAUGGUUCAUACCCAGAAUUGCGUGCUGAAAUGGACAGCAUACUACUGAAUCAAAACUGCUUUGAGUUCAGCAUUGUUUAGAUCAAGUUCUGCCAUUUGGUAACCAACAAAUUAUAUAAUGGAAAGAAAGAAGCAGACAGAAUAGUAUCCAGUAAAUUCCUACUUUUCAAGUUUAUAGCUGAAGGUUUGUGUUGAAUCCAUGUUUUGUUUUGUUAAAUUUAUACAAACCAUUGUUCUUGUGGGAUGUUUGAUAUAUAAGUAUUUCCAAAAAAAACUUCAAUGCUAACUGAAAAAUUAUCUUUGGAUUCAAAAACAGAGAUAAUAUUGAUAUUUCAGCAUAUACGUUGAAUGUUUUAUAAAUUUACACGUGCAGUUACAAGCUGAAAUACUUGUUUGUUGACAAAUUAAAAAAAUAAACAUUUUUUCUCAACAA